AUGUCUCUGGUGAUGACCACGUCUAAGAUGAUUUUAGACUUUUUGAAAUUCUUUGCUCAGCUUUUUGGGCUUUUGUCGUACCAAUCAACCGAGCCGACCACACCUAACAUUUAUUGCACUACCACGGGUCUGACACCGUUUUUCCAACACCAGGAUAUAAACUCAGAUGUUGUGCUUUUGAUAAACGAUGACAUUUGCUUUACCGGAAUAGAUAACGGAGAUUGGAUUAAAGUGUCCGAGGAAGUAUAUGCCUUGAAGCCAUCACUUGUUUGGAAAGGCGAUGAAGCAAAUUUCAAUCCCGAAGAAGCUGAAUACACACAUGUGGUGUGUGCUGAGUCCUACCAGCAGCAGUGUAUGAACUAUCGGGAUACGUUUGAUUACUUUUGGACACGAAACCAAACAGACGCCAGUCGAAGUAUACACAAACGGCAAUUUGGUAACCUAGGAAGUACUGCCUUGUGGAGCUCGUGGAGCAAAUGGAGUGAAUGUUCAGGCAUAUGUAACAAGGUGGGCGUGCGAACGAAAGAGCGAAAGUGCGAACUUUUGAACAAAGUACCGUCUACUGCUUGUAGUGGAACCAGUGAGGCAUCAGAAACAUGCAACUCCGAUUGCCAAAACAGUACUUGGACAUCAUGGGAAAGAUGGAGCUACUGUCCCGAACCCUGCAAUGGUACAACCACACGUCUGAGAAAUUGCAAGACGGACAACUGUACGGGGUCAGAUUUUGAACAAAAAAGCUGCACACAGGAUUUAUGCAGUGCAUUUUUGAUUAAAACCUCCCAGAAAGGUGACCGAUUAGAAAAGUCGUUCAGUGUGACACCAAAGUAG